GCCCUGGCGACCGCUGCGGGCCAGCUUUACGGACCCGCUGCGCAGGGGCUCCGGGAGGCCCCCUGGCCUGCCUUCAGCGGGGCGCCGCGAGCCUGGGCAGGCUGGGGUUUCUGGUUGCCAGCUGGGGGAGGGGAUGGGGGUGGAGCUUGGGUCUGGCGGGGUAGGCGGCCUCCGCCCUGCUCCCCGAAGCUUUCUCAUUAGCUCAGAACCCGGAUGGAGUCGUCCCAUUUGUCCCAGGAGCCCUGAAAGGACGGGGAUAUAAUCAGGAAAUCGUUGAGUUGGGUAGCAGUCGGAAUACUUAUUAAACGUUUACCUCUCAUUUUUUGCCGGCUGCAAAGUUCAUGAUGUUAGAAAUCAUCAGAUCUGCAAUUAUCGCUCUGAUUUUACCGGGUUUGAAAAACUAGCCCUACCACUUGCGAGAGGUCCCCCCAAUGCUGCUCUCAGCUGUGAAGGGAGGGGACCUUUAAUUGCACUAUAAUCUUAUUAUUUUUUAACCUGCCAGAAAACCUAAAAUCAAGUUUAAACAGCCCUUUGCCAUCAUGAUUAUUGCCAAGGUAGUUUGAAGCCAUUUGUAAAGACCAAAAUACAAAAUAAUAGUAAGGGCCUUCUGAAAACUUAUCAAAGUAAUACAUGAACGAGAUUUAAAAAUCAAAUACAGAACAGCUUAUGAUGACAAGGAAUUUUCCUGCUCUAUCCUUUCCCAUUCUUAGUCUGUUUCCCCUGAGAUAACUACAUUUAGCCAAUAAUAAUAAUAAUUAUUAUUAAUCUUAAUCUCUUCUUGACAUAAUUUGAUUUAAUUUCCUCUUGUUCCUUCACCCUAGUUAUUACAGUGUCUUAACACUUCAUUAUAAGUUUUUUCUAAAAGUCAUGGUUAUUGUGUAAUGUAUAAAUGUUAUGAAACUAGCUUGGACUUUUUUUUCAUGAAUAAUUUCUAGCUAAUGUUUCUUAGCGGAAUUUAGGCAUCUGUUUUUGGUGAAGUGAUUAGCAUUUUGAACAUGUCUUUGCAGGUCAACUUCAAGUGUGAUUAUGAUUUCACUUUAGGGCAUAUGGGAUUUAGAGAGGAGCAGUAAAAAUUAUGAAAUUAUGAAUGCUGUUUUGGAUGUUAAAUCCACUGCACCAAACAAGAGCUGUGUGAUCUGCCUAGAGAUCAGAGCUAUAAUUUGUUUUGUUUUGUUUUACAAUGUGGUUUAGUAAGAGAUUUCAUUUACCUCAAAUAUUUCUUUAUAAAGCUUGAGAGAAAUGGUUGAUGCCGUGUAACUCCGAAGCUUUAAAUGUGUGUGUGUGUGUCUUGUUUUGUUUUUCCUCCCAUAGGCGAUUAUUUCCAGUCAGAAAAGGGAACCAGUGCCUGGCUUUCUCACCAGCUUUCGACCUGCCAUGAUCAAGUGCUUGUCAGUUGAAGUACAAGCCAGGUUGCGUUCUGGUUUGGCUAUAUGCUCCUUAGGCCAAUGUGCUGAGGAGCUUGCCCUCAAUAGUAUUGAUGCUGAAGCAAAAUGUGUGGCUGUCAGGGUAAACAUGGAAACCUUCCAAAUUCAGGUGAUAGACAAUGGAUUUGGGAUGGGGAGUGAUGAUGUAGACAAGGUGGGAAAUCGUUAUUUCACUAGUAAAUGCGACUCUCUACAGGACUUGGAGAAUCCAAGGUUUUAUGGUUUCCGAGGGGAGGCCUUGGCCAGUAUAGCUGACAUGGCCAGUGCUGUGGAAAUUUUAUCCAAGAAAAACAAGUCAAUGAAAACUUUUGUGAAGUUGUUUCAGAAUGGAAAAGUCCUGAAAGCUUGUGAAGCUGACCUGACUCGACCAAGUGCUGGGACAACAGUCACCGUAUAUAACCUAUUUUAUCAGUUACCUGUAAGGAGGAAAUGCAUGGAUCCUAGACUGGAGUUUGAGAAGGUUAGGCAGAGGAUAGAAGCUCUCUCACUCAUGCACCCUUCCAUUUCUUUCUCUUUGAGAAAUGAUGUUUCUGGUUCCAUGGUUCUUCAGCUCCCUAAAACCAAAGACAUAUGUUCCCGAUUUUGUCAAAUUUAUGGACUGGGUAAGUCCCAAAAGUUAAGAGAAAUAGAUUUUAAAUAUAAGGAGUUUGAGCUUAGUGGCUAUAUCAGCUCUGAAGCACAUUAUAAUAAGAAUAUGCAGUUUUUGUUUGUGAACAAGAGGCUAGUUUUAAGGACAAAGUUGCAUAAACUCAUUGACUUUUUAUUAAGGAAAGAAAGCAUUAUAUGCAAGCCAAAGAACGGCUCUGCCAGUAGGCAAACGAAUUCAAGUCCUCGGCAUCGGUCUAACCCAGAACUCCAUGGUAUAUAUGUAAUCAACGUGCGGUGCCACUUCUGUGAGUAUGACGUGUGCCUGGAGCCAGCAAAAACUCUGAUUGAGUUUCAGAACUGGGAUACUGUUUUGGUUUGCAUUCAGGAAGGAGUAAAAAUGUUUUUAAAGAAAGAAAAAUUAUUUGUGGAAUUAUCAAGUGAAGACCUUAAGGAAUUUAGUGAAGAAAAUGAUUUUAGUUUGUUUAGUGCCACUCUUCAGAAGCAAGUGUCCUCUGAUGAGAAGUGUGACCAGGGCAAUUUCCAAGAAGCAUGUAAUGAUAUUUUGGAUUCCUGUGAAAUGUUUAAUUUGCAAUCAAAAGCUGUGAAAAGAAAAGCUCCUGUAGAAAACAUAAACACACAGAAUUCUAGGGAUUCGGAAGCUAUCGGAAAAAAGACAGAUGAUUCAUUUUUGUACACUUACAAAUCCGAUGGGCCAGCCCAUAGUAAAAUGGAGUCAUCUUUACAAAACGAAGAUAGCGCUUGCUCAGAGUCAAGGAUCUUAGAACAAGAGACAGCUGAAGCAUCAGAAUCAGGAGCAAAUGAGAAACAUAAAAAAUCUUGCUUGGAACUUAACUCUUCAGAAAAUCCAUGUGGAACCAGUUCAGAAAUGUUUGCAAGCCCUUUUCAGACACUUUAUCACUUUGAGGGGAGUAGAGAAGGUCUAGAAAUACAGAAAGUAAGUACUACUGCUAAUGGCACGGCUGCCAACAUCCUGAAAAAUAAUAGAAUUCAGAAUCAACCAGAGAGAUUUAAAGAUGCUACUGAAAUGGGAUGCCAACCUCUGCCUGUUGAGACAACAUUAUCAGGAGCACAUGGUGCUCAGAGAGAAGAAGAGAAAAGAAAAAAUGAACCUAGUAAUUGUGGAAGAAUAAAUGUUUUUAGUUAUGGGCAAGUUAAAUUAUGUUCCACUGGCUUCAUAACUCAUGUGGUACAAAAUGAGCAAACUAAAUCAACUGAAACAGAACAUUUAUUUAAAAAUUAUGUUCAACCUGGUCCUGUGAGUGCCAAAGAAACAUUUGGAAAUAGAACACGCCAUUCAUUUGAGACUCCAAACACCAAAGAUUUAACCACCACUUUAAGUAAAGAAUUUGCUCAACUGCCCAACAAAAGAUUGUGCAGAACAAAUAUAAGUUAUGGGCCAGAGAACAAACCUAUAGCAACUUAUAAAAAUUUUGCUGUUUUUCAGGAAAGUAGUAAAAAAUCACACACAGGUUGCUUACUACCUGACGCAUCCUCUUUCUCUUGGGGUAGACAUGUUUCAAAUGGUAGUGAGAAAACAGGUAAGUUGAUUUGUUCUGCCAGACCCAUAGCUCAUAAGAAGCUAAGCUUAAGUUCACAACUAGGAUCUUUAGAGAAGUUUAAGAGGCAAUAUGGGAAGGUUAAAAAUCCUCUGAAUACAGAAGUGGAGGAAAAUAUCACUUUAGAAAUCACUACCAAUCUCAGUCCUCAGGUUGAACCUGACAUUCUGUGGAAAGACAAAAACCACUUAGACAACUCUGGUAUUUGUAAAAUCACUACUCUGAAACAUGAUGAUUCAAAUAGUAGUUGUCAACCAGUAAGUCACAUGUUUUAUUCAGAAAAGUUACCAUUCUCCAAGGAAGACAGUUGUUUGGAAGAACAGAUGCCUUGCUUAAGAGAAAGCCCUAUAACUCUACAGGAAUUAUCUCAUUUUAACAGAAAGCCUUUGGAUGUUGAGAAGUCACCUGAAUCACUAGCCUCUAAAUUAUCCAGAUUCAAAGGCUCCAAAAGAGAGACUCAAACAAUGGAGAUGACGAGUCAUUUUAAUGAACUUCCACAAUCAGAUUCCAGUAGGAAAGAUGGUGACUUGUCCAAUGGGUUAACCCUAGAUUCUUGUAAGUUAUUUAAAAAUGAGCAUAAAAAACCAGAAAGUGGCAACAUCCCAAUGUCGGACUCUAUCACACAGGGUAACCUCUUCAAUAAAGACAGUGAAACAUAUUCUAACAACAAUACAACUGAGAACUCUGUGAUGUCAGAAACUCCUUUAGUACUGCCCUGUGAUCAUUCUACAGUUAUCGGUAAGGAUUCAGAUGUUCUUAUAGCUUCAGAACAACAGAUUGGAAGUCCUGACUCUCCAAGUAGAAUGUUAGUGAGUCACGGAGAAGAUUCCACAGCUGGCCAAAAUGGACCUUGUUGUCAGAGUGAGGAAUCUAUAGCAAGAACUUGUUCUGAUAAUGAAGAGUCCAACACAUGUUCUUUGGAUUGGCAGCAGCAUUUUGAUGUAGCCCUGGGAAGAAUGGUUUACAUCAACAAGCUAACAGGACUUAGCACAUUCACUGCUCCUACUGAGGACGUUCGGGCUGCUUGUACUAAAGACCUGACAACUAUGGCUGUGGAUGUUCUACUUGAGAAUGCUACUGGGGAUGGUGCUGUUGGUCCCGAAUCGCUUCAGUCUUUGUUCUCAGAAUGGGACAACCCAGUAUUUGCCCGUUAUCCAGAGGUUGCUGUUGACGUUAGCAGCGGCCAGGCUGAGAGCCUAGCAGUUAAAAUUCACAACAUCUUGUAUCCUUAUCGUUUCACCAAAGAAAUGAUUCACUCGAUGCAGGUUCUCCAGCAAGUGGAUAACAAGUUUAUUGCCUGUGUAAUGAGCACUAAGACCGAAGAGGAUGGUGAGGCAGGUGGAAACCUGCUAGUCUUGGUGGACCAGCACGCUGCCCACGAGCGCAUCCGACUGGAGCAGCUGACCGUUGGUUCCUAUGAGAAGCAACAGCCACAAGGCUCUGGUCGAAAAAAAUUGCUGUCUUCCACUAUAAGUCCUCCACUAGAGAUAACAGUGACAGAGGAACAAAGGCGACUCUUAUCGUGUUACCACAAAAAUCUGGAAGAUCUGGGCCUUGAAAUUAUAUUUCCAGACACUAGUGAUUCUCUGGUCCUUGUAGGAAAAGUACCACUCUGUUUUGUGGAAAGAGAAGCCAGUGAACUUCGAAGAGGGAGAUCUACUGUGACCAAGAGCAUUGUGGAGGAAUUUAUUCAAGAACAAGUGGAGCUACUCCAGACCACAGGAGGCAUCCAAGGGACUUUGCCACUGACUGUCCAGAAGGUGUUGGCAUCCCAAGCCUGCCAUGGGGCCAUUAAGUUUAAUGACGACCUGAGCCUAGAGGAGAGCUGUCGCCUUAUUGAAGCUCUGUCCUGGUGCCAGCUGCCUUUCCAGUGUGCUCAUGGCAGGCCCUCCAUGCUGCCGUUAGCUGACAUUGACCACUUGGAGCAGGAAAAACAGAUUAAACCCAAUCUUGCUAAACUUCGCAGAAUGGCUCAGGCCUGGCAUCUCUUUGGAAAAGCAGAAGGAUGUGAUCCAGGGCAAAGCCUGCAGGCAUCUGCGCCUCCUUGUGAGCUGCCAUGAGAACAGAAUUAUUGUCUCGAAGGAACCAGAGGGAUGCUGACUGUAGGCCUCUGGGCAGAGAGUGUGAGCAGCAAGCACUGGCAAGGUCUUGACUGAAUGGGCCCCGGGCACCAAUCAGCAUCUCCAUCUUCCCUGAGCAGAUGAUCCCUCCAGUUAAGUAGCCAGGUGGAAUCAAGCCUAAAGACAGUUCAUUCAUUGGCAUCCAUGGACACUGGAGGUUGCCCUAUAAUAUCUACUUUUUGUAAUUUAUUUGGGGAUAAAAUCUAAUGAUUAAUUGUCUGAUUGUCUGGUUGUUUGUGGGAUUUUUGAGUGGUGGGAUGGGGGUUUUUGGUUUUGUUUUGCAAUUUUUUUCCAGCCUCAUAGUUUGCGCUGAUGUGAUCUACCUGAUGCUGAACUCCCAGGGGUCAAGCCUGCCUUCCCUAGACCUCCCAGAGCCUGCUCCCUCAGCCCCUCCUUCCCCCCCAGCCUCCUCCACUUCCCUCUGCUGCUGCUUUACAUUCUGUAUCUCAGCCUUAAAGAGUUUCUCCAUGCUCAUUAAAAACGUGCUGGGUAGUCUUCCACCAGGCCUAUAGUUGGAUUAUUUUAAGGAUAAAAACGACUGAUAAAGAGAAGAAGCAAGGACCAGGAUGGACUAGAGCAACUGUAAAGCACUGCUCCUCGUUCUUUGUUUUAUUGCCUCCUUAAAACCCUUCAGCUUUGGAAAGCAAUGUACAGGUUCAAUGCAAUCCCUAUUAAACUACCACUGGCAUUUUUCACAGAACUAGAACAAAAAAUUUCACAAUUUGUAUGGAAACACAAAAGACCCCGAAUAGCCAAAGCAAUCUUGAGAACGAAAAAUGGAGCUGGAGGAAUCAGGCUCCCUGACUUCAGACUAUACUACAAACCUACAGUAAUCAAGACAGUAUGGUACUGGCACAAAAACAGAAAUAUAGAUCAAUGGAACAGGAUAGAAAGCCCAGAGAUAAACCCACACACAUAUGGUCACCUUAUCUUUGAUAAAGGAGGGAAGGA